AUGUUUAGAUGUUAAAUGCAAUGUCAAUAAACGGCCUAGAUAUCGCAUGCCACACUUACAGAUGGUAGAAAGAGUGUGACGUGCAAUCAUCGAACAAUUCAAUAAACUAAUGGCUCAUAUAUUAACGCGUAACGCAGCAAAUUGUCCCGGGAAAUAUAGAUUUUCUUCGAUUCGCAACAACAAAUGUUGUCAUGGAUACUUUGUAUGUUAUACUGUAAUUUUAUGAGCUUCCUGGGUCACUAAGCACUUUACUCUUGAAGAGAGCAGACGUUGAAAUCCUCUGAGCAAAAUUGCGCAACUCGUAAAAUAUUUGAGUUCGAGUAUUACAUUCGGUUAGGUAUUACAUUAGUAAUAAAGACUCAUUCAAUAAAAAACGAUUUUAUCGUGUCGAAAUUAAUUAUGAGGCAAAAAAUUUUUUUUUGUUGUUUGAUUGUUACAAGUGUAGGAGGAAAUAGAAUGGACAUUCACGAUACGAAAGGAGAUUCUACAGAACGUCUUAAAAGCGAUGCGAGGGAGUUGGUUGAAACGUGUCUGACGAAUAAUUCGAAUCCUGUGAUGAUCUCCAAAGAAUUAUUCGACUCUAACUGGAAUUCAGAAAAAAAUCCACUAAUUAUAAUUGACAACGUAUUCCAAAAGCAGAUCACAGGUUUUCUUCCUGCGUAUCCACCGUACGUGCUUUUUUUUCAGUCGAUCGAAAGUCUGAAGGGAAUUGUUAAUCAUCUCAAGAAAUCGACACUGUGGAGCAUUAAAUCACCCUUUGUGAUCGUGGAAACCGAAUCACGUUGCAAAAAUACUAGGAGAGUUCUAGAAUUCAUGUGGAAACAGGAUUUAUUGUCAGUCUAUUACUUGUGCAACAAAAAAGAUUUGACGGCUAUCUUCACGCUGAAUCCUUAUGCAAGUUAUGCUCCAAAGCCGUGGGUCCUAAUUGAGGAAUUUGGUGACAGUAACAAGAAUAUAACCUUCUACAGCUUACAAUAUUCAAAAGACCCAGAACUUUGUAAAAGUAUAACUUUCGAAAAGAGGGAUCAUUUAAAAAGUGUGGACAUAAAGUUUAUAUCUUUCUCUUCUACAUAUAAGUCAUUACAGAAAAAAUUUCAUGAUGUUCGACUAAAACUACUUUUAGAAAAGAAAAUAAUCAAUAUAUACCAUAUACCGGCUAAUAUUAAUGCUACCCCGAUACUAGAUAUUGCUAAAUAUCCAAAUUCAUUUCAAUUAACGCAAGGUUUCAUUCAACAAUUAGUUGACCGAACACAUGACGUUCUUGGAACAUUGAUGCCAAUAACAGAAACUGAUUCUAAGUAUGUAGAUGUCGUUACAUACUAUCAACACGAGUAUGAGAUCUUCAUCAUGACCAAAAAGGAAGUUUAUUUUACAGUAAUCAACGAAAUAUCUAGCGAUGUAGACUUUGUAGUUAUGACAAUCGCGGUGUUCGUUAUGUUCACGAUAGCUUUGGUGCUCAUCAACAGAGAAGACAUAUGCGAGGCUCUGAUGGAUAGCAUGAGAUUGGUAGUCAGCAUGGGACUUGAAUCUCCGCUUAACCGACUGGCGAUGAAGUUCGUAUUCUUUUGUGGAUUUCUGUUCGCAUUCUUGAUAGUUUCCGACUUUCAGGGCCAUGUAUCUGCAAUCCUGUCAAAGCCUAUGAGACGCAAUGUCGAAACGCUAGAAGACCUCUACAAAAAUAAGUUCCAUGUGUACUAUCUUGAGAAACUAAGACCUGAUAUUAUUAAUAAACAGUUGUGGGUCACUGAUGAAGACAAAAAAUAUCUUCAUCCGAUUGAUACUGCGCAGAUGUAUGGAUGUUUUGAACGCGUGAAAACGAAUGUUACAACAGCUUGUAUACAUUUAAAAAAUUUUAUACUGCGUUCCGCUGCUGAUACCACUAACGUGUAUAUGUCAAAAAUGCCAAUCUUAAAGAAGCAAUUCGUUAAUUGGGCCAGGAAAAACUGGCCCUUAAAGAGUAAGUUCGAUAAAGUGGCGUUGGAGACUUUAGAAUCUGGGAUAGCAGCAGAGCUGGUAUUAGAAAAACGAGAUAAAAAAAAACUGGACAAAAAAAAAAAAAUGAAUCGGAUAAAAGCCAGGGAAGACUAUGACCAAUUCGACUACGAUGAGUUGGUAUUCAUUUAUUAUUUUGUCGGAUUUCUUUCUGCAUUUGGGGCUAUAGUAUAUGUGAUUGAAAUCAUAUGGGCGAGAUGUAUUAGAAUUCAUUUAUAAUUUAAACUCUGAUACCGUGCACAUAUAUCUGAUCACUUUAUUUGUGUUUUAAUUGUGAAUUAAUAAUUGUUAAUCAGUGACUUGUGUGUUUUCAAAUAUUGAGUGACGUUUCGACAGUUGUUAUUAAUUUUAAUUUAAAGGAUAUGAAAUUUUUGUGCGGAAAAUCAAAGAUUGAAAAAUUUUUACACAUAUAUGGUACCGGUGGGUAAUAAGGCCUAGCUAAGAGAGAUUUUGAAAAAAAUCCAAUGUUGCAUUUAAUUAUAUAAAUGUAUCAUUCAUCCUUAUUUUAAUACAUUAGCUAUA